UUCUUUUGUUACUCCUCAAAUUGUUUAGCCGCUUUUAAAACCUCAAAAACCCUUUUACCCAUUUCCUCAGUAAUUGCUCCCAAACAUGAAUUUCUUCAAAUGGAAACAAUCAUCAUCUUCUCCAGCAACACCACCACACCUACAGCUCCAACAAUCCUUCAAGAAUCUGCAGACCCAAUUCACCAAUUUCCUUCAAACCACUAUUCCCCAACUCAACACCCCUCAAAAUUCACCUCUAUGGGCUAAAAUUGGUGUAAAAAAACAAUCUUUAUCUACUGAAACAAUCGAAGAGCGUUUGGGUGGAGUACCUGUGUAUGCCCUUAGCAAUGCCUCUCAAGAAUUUGUGUUGGUUUCGGGUGUUAGUACUGGGAAAAGUUUGGGGUUGUUUUGUUUUAGUGAAGCUGAUGCUGAAGCACUUCGUCAGCAGAUGGAAUCAAUGGACCCCUCUAUGCGAAACGGCUCUCGGGUUGUUCCUGUUGCUCUCAAUAAGGUUUUCCAGCUCAAAGUGGAUGGAGUUGCUUUCAGGUUGAUACCAGAGGCAUCUCAAGUAAAGAAUGCAAUAAAGGAAAGGGAAAGGACUGGAACGACUGAUGAGAGCUUUUAUGGUGUUCCAGUUUUUCAGUCGAGGAGCUUAAUUCUAAGAAGCCAAAACAAGAGAUAUCGGCCUGUUUUCUUCAGGAAGGAGGACCUAGAGAGUUCACUAGUAAGAGCUUCUCAGCAGCAAGGGCGAUUGAAUCCCGCUUUGAAAGGAGAUAUUCAGGUUGGCGUUCUGGAGGAUAUAAUACAAGGUAUGAAGGAUUCUUCGACAUCACAGUGGGACGAUGUUGUAUUUGUUCCUCCGGGUUUCGAUGUUUCAGCAGAUCCCUCUCAGAAGUAACAAAUAUGUACACCAUAAGGCCAGAUGUUAGUUGAAACUUAUCAUCAUCACUUUUGAUAUCUUAAUUCCUAUGUGUAUUUUGUAGACUUUGACUAAUGUUAGUAAUGAAACUGGAGCUAGUAGUGUUUGAUAAUUGUAGACAAAUAAUUAUGUAUGCAAUAGGCUUCUUAAAGCUAGAUUGGCCUACAAAACUUAUUUCUUGAAUGUCCUUGCGUGAAAUACAAAGACGAACCUCUAAAUGCUUACUAUUGUA